AAUAGGGGCGGAGCCGAGUGGGAGUGUGGAAAGCGCCGCAUCCCGGGUUGGGGGCGAGGCUUCCCCUUCCCCGCCCCUCCCCCGGCCUCCAGUCCCUCCCAGGGCCGCUUCGCCGAGCGCCUAGGAGCACGGCGGCGGCGGCACUUUCUCCGGCAGUAUCUGGCGCUGGACUGUGGUGCACGCGCGGCUGGGCCGCCCGAGCCGGAGGGACUGGUUGGUUGGGAGAGAGGGAGGGAAACCUGGGCUGCCGAACCGCACGUUCAGCCCGCUCCGCUCUUGCAGGGCAGCCCUUUGGCUCUCUGCGCGCGGAGCCGAGUCCCGGGCGGGUGGGGCGGGGGUCUACUGAGACCGCUACCGGCCCCUCGGCGCUGACGGGACCGCGCGGGGCUCACCCUCUGAAGGCAGCUCCGGGGUUAGCGGCCCGGACCUGGUCCUGCGCAGCGGGCGCGGGGCAGCGAAGCGGGAGGAAGCGAGAGGUGCUGCCCUCCCCCCGGAGUUGGAAGCGCCUUACCCGGGUCCAAAAUGCCCAAGAAGAAGCCGACGCCCAUCCAGCUGAAUCCGGCCCCCGACGGCUCCGCGGUUAACGGGACCAGCUCUGCGGAGACCAACUUGGAGGCCUUGCAGAAGAAGCUGGAGGAGCUAGAGCUUGAUGAGCAGCAGCGAAAGCGCCUUGAGGCCUUUCUCACCCAGAAGCAGAAGGUGGGAGAACUGAAGGAUGACGACUUUGAGAAGAUCAGUGAGCUAGGGGCCGGCAAUGGCGGUGUGGUGUUCAAGGUCUCCCACAAGCCUUCUGGCCUGGUCAUGGCCAGAAAGCUAAUUCAUCUGGAGAUCAAACCCGCAAUCCGGAACCAGAUCAUAAGGGAGCUGCAGGUUCUGCAUGAGUGCAACUCUCCAUACAUCGUGGGCUUCUAUGGUGCAUUCUACAGUGAUGGCGAGAUCAGUAUCUGCAUGGAGCACAUGGAUGGAGGUUCUCUGGAUCAAGUCCUGAAGAAAGCUGGAAGAAUUCCUGAACAAAUUUUAGGAAAAGUUAGCAUUGCUGUAAUAAAAGGCCUGACAUAUCUGAGGGAGAAGCACAAGAUCAUGCACAGAGAUGUCAAGCCCUCCAACAUCCUAGUCAACUCCCGUGGGGAGAUCAAGCUCUGUGACUUUGGGGUCAGCGGGCAGCUUAUCGACUCCAUGGCCAACUCCUUCGUGGGCACAAGGUCCUACAUGUCGCCAGAAAGACUCCAGGGGACUCAUUACUCUGUGCAGUCAGACAUCUGGAGCAUGGGACUGUCUCUGGUAGAGAUGGCGGUUGGGAGGUAUCCCAUCCCUCCUCCAGAUGCCAAGGAGCUGGAGCUGAUGUUUGGGUGCCAGGUGGAGGGAGAUGCGGCUGAGACCCCACCCAGGCCAAGGACCCCUGGGAGGCCCCUUAGCUCAUAUGGAAUGGACAGCCGACCUCCCAUGGCAAUUUUUGAGUUGUUGGAUUACAUAGUCAACGAGCCUCCUCCAAAAUUGCCCAGUGGAGUUUUCAGUCUGGAAUUUCAAGAUUUUGUGAAUAAAUGCUUAAUAAAAAACCCCGCAGAGAGAGCAGAUUUGAAGCAACUCAUGGUUCAUGCUUUUAUCAAGAGAUCUGAUGCUGAGGAAGUGGAUUUUGCAGGUUGGCUCUGCUCCACCAUCGGCCUUCACCAGCCCAGCACACCAACCCAUGCUGCUGGCGUCUAAGUGCUUAGGAAGCAGCAAAGAGCGAGUCCCCUGCCCAGUGGUUUGCCAUGUCGCUUUCGGGCCUCCUUCCCAUGCCUGUCUCUGUUCAGAUGUGCAUUUCACCUGUGACAAAGGAUGAAGAACACAGCAUGUGCCAAGAUUCUACUCUUGUCAUUUUUAAUAUUACUGUCUUUAUUCUUAUUACUAUUAUUGUUCCCCUAAGUGGAUUGGCUUUGUGCUUGGGGCUAUUUGUGUGUAUGUUGAUGAUCAAAACGCGUGCCAGGCUGAAUUACAGUGAAAUUUUGGUGACUGUGAGUAGUCAUUCUUACAAUUGCACUGCUGUUCCUGCUCCAUGACUGGCUGUCUGCCUGUAUUUUCGGGAUUCUUUGACAUUUGGUGGUACUUUAUUCUUGCUGGGCAUACUUUCUCUCUGAGUAGGAGGGAGCCUUGUGAGAUCCUUCACAGGCAGUGCAUGUGAAGCAUGCUUUGCUGCUAUGAAAAUGAGCAUCAGAAAGUGUACAUCAUGUUAUUUUAUUAUUAUUAUUAGCUUUUCAUGUAGAAUUCAGCAGUUUACAUCCAAAUCUAGCCAGAGCCCUUCACUGCCAUGAUAGCUGGGGCUUCACCAGUCUGUCUACUGUGGUGAUCUGUAGACUUCUGGUUGUAUUUCUAUAUUUAUUUUCAGUAUACUGUGUGGGAUACUUAGUGGUAUGUCUCUCUAAGUUUUGAUUAAUGUUUCUUAAAUGGUGGAAUUAUUUUGAAUGUCACAAACUGAUCAAGGCAUUAAAAUGUCAGAUUUAUCUUUCCCCAUAUCCAAGUACCAAUGCUGUUGUAAACAACGUGUAUAGUGCCUAAAAUUGUAUGAAAAUCCUUUUAACCAUUUUAACCUAGAUGUUUAACAAAUCUAAUCUCUUAUUCUAAUAAAUAUACUAUGAAGUUUAAAAAAAAAAAAAAGGAUGAAAGCUA